UUGGCUCCCGCCAGAAAGAAUUAAUCAACUCUCGUUUGGUAAUGUUACCAGCCAUAAAUCAAUCAAUGUUCGCACCCUCAAGCCAGAACCAGGAGGGCUUUUUGAUCCCCGGAUAUUCGGUCCUUUUCUUAAUUAUGAAUGUUAUUGCGAACCUCCAAAGAUGACGAAUGGGACACAUUUCUUUGCCCGUUCCGAGGAUAUUAUUUACCUCCGAGCUUACGUGGUGAUUGAUAAUGGCUUAAUUAACUCAUUAAAAAAGGGCGAUAUUUUAGAAAAAAGGAUGGAUCGACCCCUCAUCAGCAACAUUUUACAAGAGAUUAUUCAAGAAAAAAAAUUAACUGAAAAUAUUAUUGAGGAGGCCGAGGAGUUAAACGAGAAAAUUACUAAAAAGAAUGAAAAAAAUGAUGAAGAAGCAACCGAUAUUAUUUUUUUGGAAGAUUAUUUGGAUUUCCUAGAAAAAAAUUGUGGAGCCUUUCGGGAAUUAUUGGCUGGAAUUGACAUCAAGGAAGAAUUAGUCAAGGUCAAGAAUGCCCUCAAAGAAACCCAGCAGAAGGUUAACCAAGAAAAAUUAAAAUUCCUGCAAGUAACCAAGUUGAAAGAAGAAGAUGUCAUUGCCACUAAUCAACACAACAACUCCUUAUACCGAAUAAUUUUGCGGGGAUUACAAAAAGCCAUCGACCAAGUAAUCUACGGUUCAACUUAUAAAAAAAACGAAAUUAAGAGUUUGCUCCAAAGUUUAAGUGGCAAGGAGGGGAUACUCCGUCGUUAUUCUUUGGGAAAAAGAGUCGACUAUUCAGCCCGCUCCGUAAUUGUGCCCAAUCCCAAUCUGCUUCUGGACCAAAUUGGAUUACCAGUCAAAAUGGCUUUGACCCUCUAUAAGCCAUUUAUUAUUCAAAAAAUACUGAAAGAAAAAAUUGCUUUCACAGUCAAGGAGGCUGAACAAUUAUUUUCCCAAGAAGAUUCAAUUAUUUUCCCACUUCUUAACCAAAUUAUCCAAGGACACCCGGUCUUGGCCAACCGUGCCCCUAGUUUGCAUCGUCUAAGUAUCCAAGGAUUUUAUCCGCAAUUGACACUGGGUAAUGCAAUUGAACUCCAUCCUUUAAUAACUACGUCCCUGAAUGCCGAUUUUGAUGGGGACCAAAUCGCCAUCCACUUGCCGAUGACUACCAAAACUUGUGAUGAAGUUAAGGAACUCAUUCUUUCUCCCCACCACAUUAUUGACCCCAAAAAUGGUUAUUUGAUAGAUAUUCCCAGCCAAGACAUGAUUUUGGGUCUUCAUGACCUGGUUGCUAUUCCCGCCACUUUAGUUGGUAAAAAUCUUUCUGCGGCCCAAAAUCAAUUUCUUUUUACUACUCUGGGGAAAAUAAUCUUUAAUCAAAUUUUACCCGCUAGUUUUCCUGACUACGUCAAUGACUUGAAAAAAUAUAAUGAGGAAACAAAAAUAACUCCACGACCAGAAAUGGUAGAGUUCCUCGACCAACUAAAAAAGAUUAGUUUUGAUUAUGCCACUCGUUCGGGAAUUAGCAUUCCGCCCUUUGAGUUAGAAGGAAUUAUUUCCGACAAAGAAAAAAUUCUGACCGAGACUGAAAAAAAGGAGCAAAAAAUUGUCAACCAUUUUGCCCAAGAUUCCGGAGCCCGGGCUAGUGACGAGAGCCUUACCCAAAUUUUUGGGAUGCGCGUUUAUGGAGCAGUUAAGGGAAUGGUUGAUAUCGCUUUAAAAACCGCCGAAGCAGGCUACUUAACCCGACGUUUGGUAGAAUCCACCCAAAACUUGGCGAUUAUUUCCUCUGAUUGCGGAACAAACGUUGGGGUACUCUUUGUGGAAAGUGGCCUACCUCUCAGCAAAAGAAUUUACGGCCGUUAUUUAGCCCAAGACAUUUCCGGCAAAGAAGGGGAAAUAAUUUUGUCCCGCCAUACUCUUUUGUUAGAAAAGGAAGGGAUUUGCCAGAAGUGCUAUGGUUUAGAUUUAAGCAAACCAGGCGAGACAAUUUCCCUGGGGACAGCAGUCGGAGUAAUUGCUGCUCAAUCAUUAGGAGAGCCAGGAACCCAACUAACUAUGCGAACCUUCCAUAGUGGAGGAAUCGCUGGUGAUGAAGAUAUUACCCAAGGUUUACCAAAAGUUAAACAAAUCUUCGACAAUAUUAAACCCGAAAAAGAGGAAAAAACUAUUUUAGCCAAGGCAGAUGGAAAAAUAAUUAGCGUUGAAGAAAAAAUAAUCAAGCAAAGGAAUGAUGAAGGAGGAGAAAUCGCUUAUCCUCUCGGUAAAAAAAAGAAAGCGAGAAUUAACCAGGGAGACUUAGUAAAAAAAGGCGAAAGACUUACUGGUGGAAAAGUUGACCUAGAAGAACUCUUAGAAAUUAUGGGACGAAAUAAGUGCCAGGAAUACAUUAAAGAAGAAGUAAGGAAAGUAUACGAUAAUCAAGGAAUAGAUGUUAACGAAAAACAUAUUGAAAUAUUUGCUCGGCAAAUGCUCUCCAAGGUAGAAAUAACAAAUAGUGGAGACAGUGAUUACUUAGUUGGCGACCUAGUGAAUUAUCAGAAACUAGAAAAAAUCAACCAGGAGUUAUUAGCCAAUAAAAAGCAACCCGCUUCUUUUAAAAAUAUUAUUUCCAGUCUGAAAGAUUUAGCAUCCCAUCCAGAUUCAUUCUUGGCUGGAAUUUCUUUCCAAAACACUUUAAAAAGUUUAGUCAAUUAUUCUUUAUAUCAGCCGGUCGAUUACUUACGAGGAUGUAAAGAAAAUUUAAUUGCCGGUCAACUAGUGCCAGUCGGAUCAGGAUUUAAGGAGCGAGAAAAAUUUCAAAGAAAAAGUACUCGGGAAGUGUAG